ACCAUUAAGUGUUGAGAAGUCAUUCAAUAAAAUCGUCCACACUCUUAAAAAAAAAGUCUUUAAAAAAAAUAAAGUGCAUUUAAAUAUGAAGAAUUUAAUUUUGUGCUUAAUAAUGAUUGCAAUUGUGCAUGCAUAUCCAAUUGAAGAACAACCAAGUGAAAAUAGAGAUGAUUUGUCAAGAAUUUUCGAAAAUAUUCCUGAGGAUAUGAUCACUGACGAUAGCUUUUACAAAAUUAAUGAAAUAAUUAACGAAAUUAAAAGCAAAUUUCCGACAAAUGUCAUCGAUGUUCCAACAUUCUGUCCACCCGGAACGAAACUUCAUGGAGGCAUUUGCAGACCUGUGUUUUAAAAAAAAAUUAUUAAAUAUCUAUUUUGAGCGAUUAAAAUGCUCUAUUUUUAAUAUAUUUAUUCAAUAAUGCUUGCCUUGACUACUUCGAGGAGCUUGGGAAUAAUUCAAAAAAUAAUUAAAUCUUAUUGUACGAAUAAUGUUUAUUGUUUAUUAUUAUUGGCAUUUUUUAUUCAAAAAAAAUAUGGUGUGAAGGUUUAAUAUUAUCUUUGUGACAAAUAAAAAUAUUUGUAAUAAAAAGACUGAUUAUCCUAUAGAUAAUUCAA